UGGACCCUUCCCUGUUCCAAAUAACUGGCCUGACCUACUUUCCGGCGACAUGACCUCGUGACACCCAACAUCUCUCCGUCUCUCCCGAACUCUCUGCACUCUCGCGUCUCAAUUAAUCGACUUCCUCGGCAAGAGUGACAGUAUAGUAUCAGCGAUUGGUGGUGGUUUUUGAGUCAGUUCGAUAUCAUGGUCAGUGUCGAGUUGCUUAAACGAUCGACGAGCUUUUCUCAAGUGCACACUGUCUUCGGCCGGAAAUGCUCUUCUUCCCUUUAAUACUGCCCGACUUCCGGAUCGACAUUCUCGUCAUCUAUACGCGAUUGUUUACCCACCGCCAAUCGAUAUACCGCAAUCCGGAUAGACCUGACGGAUUCCAUUGCUCAUCGUAUUCCUCCUCAUGUUGUUUUAAAAUCCAAGGAAACCCAGCAACUAAAACAAAUGAUUGACGUACAAUUUUAGGGGGUUUAAAAGACUUUUAGCUUUUUCGAUUUGUACGCAGUGCAUGGCUUUUCCUUAUAUAUACACACCUCGAUCGUUUUCCUUCGUUUUUCGAGAAUGAUUGAAUCAGGUCAGUGUUUUCGACCAUAAGUUGAGAGCUUGCGACUGCGCACACUGUGCUUAGCGCCACCCUGUUGAAAACGAAGAGUGAUCCAAACAUCGUUUUUCCUUCUGAGGCUGCUUCAUUUUCAUGCUGGAGUUACGAAGCAAGAGACCUUUCAAGAUAUGGGACAGCUGGCGUAACGUAAGGAAAGGAUUGGUUGUUAGCAAUUUUGAAGAAUUGGUACAUCGAGGAAAGGAAAAAUUGGGAGUUCCUCAGAACGAGAGUGUAUCGUUGGUGCUCGAAUCGGAUGGAACGCAAGUUGAAGACGGCGAUUAUUUCAAGACUCUAGCGAACAAUACAAUUCUGCUUUUGCUGCGUCAUGGAGAACGCUGGUGUCCCACCGGCGUCGACAUCAUACGCGCCGCAAUUUCAGCGAUACCGAAAAUAGUGUGCGAGACGAUCCACGCAUUGGAGUUGCAUGAUGAGACGCCCUCGUGGAAGAUUAUGGACAAUAAGGGACGAGUCACAGUGGUGUUGCACUGGGAUCAGCGUUCGUCGCAGGUGCAGCAGUCGAAAAGUCAGGACGCCCAGAGCUCCAAGUACUCCCCGACGAAGAAGGUGGACCUGAGCUCAUCACAGCGGCCCUCGUUAGUGAUUCAAACGAGUCUCGAUAAGCUCAACUAUGGCAAAUCGGGCCAGCAAGUGGAGCUUGGCCCUCGCUACAGUAGUCCGCAAAUCACUGUGAUAAAUCAUGAUGAUAUGGUACAGAAGAGUUUCACUAGUCCGAGUAAUAGUUCCUACGGUCCCAUCGUCGCUUCUAGUUCGAUAUCGUCGUCACACAUGCCCGGACGGCUAGUAAAGCAGGGCACCAACUCCUUCGAAAGUACCACCAUCCAUAUCCACACACCCGAGUGCUCCAAUCACAUCCACCAGCCCGUCACUCGUAACGGAAGUCCCGUGAACGGCGCCGAUGGCGGUGCGAAUAUCGAGUGCGACUUCCACUGCUGCGCCCUCCACGAGGAAGGGCGGAGAAUCGCAGUUCACAAAUCAGUCGCCACCUCUCCAAUUCAAGACGCUCAACACCAACACCAUCAUCUCCAGCAGCAGACCCAAACGCAGACACCAUCCCCCCAACCUCCUUCUUCUCUGUCCGAUGGCACCAGGCGACCAGCUACUGGAAAAGGUCAUGUUCGGUUCCGAGACACUGCCGACGAGGACAGUGGACGUCACGGACCCUCCGGAUCCUUCCACAUUCACCACCAUCGAAACCACCAUCAAGAGGCUCACGAGAGUUCGGAAUCCGAAACCGAGAACACAAUCAUGGAGGACGAGAUCGUCACCUCUGAAAAGUUCCUCCUUCUAAUCGAUCAGCUCACCGUGGACCAGAAACAUCACCUCAGCAUCAAGGACAUAGGAAUCAUUCUCGAGAGACUCAGUUCAAAGAUCCUCGACGUCGAGCGCUUAGAUCGUGAGAGCGAAAGCGAGGAAUGCUACAACUGGACCAUCAAGGCCAUCAUCCGAGGCGAUGUCCUCCGCGAACUCGGAGUCAUCUACAACGGGAAUUACUACGCAAUUUCGGAGCAUCCCGGAUACAAAGAAGAAUCAGAGGAGAAUAACGAAGAUAACGAGGAGGAGGAGGAGGACAGACUUUAAUAAUGCUGUUUAUUAGAUAGAUAGAUUAUACACCUAUUAAUGGUUAUUAUUAACAUAGUACGUACCGAGGGAGGCUGAUAAUUAAAAGGAUUAACGGAACGAUCGAGAGAGAAAUGACUUUUUAAAAAAAAAAUGUUUUCAUAAUAAACAUCAUAAUAUCUAUAAACCUAGUUCUAUAAAGACGGUUGUUGAAAUGUACUUAUUAUUGAAUAGUAUAUAUAAAAAUAUACUUGUAGGAAACAUUUGGGAUACGGACAUCCGUAAACCGUCCACAACACUGCCCCUAUCAAAAGACGCAUUUCGACGCAUCUUUUCUUUUUGGGUUUAUCGUUCAUCUUUAUAUUCGAUAGUGAGUGGUGUUUAGUGAAACGGUGAAAACGCGAGGAGACGUUUACCCAAAAAAAAACUUAAAUCGAAAUCAAUGGACGAUAAUUAGUAAUUAAAGUAAGACACAAAUGAUGCCCUUGGAAGUCGACACCAUCGCGAGGGGGUCAAAGUACUUUACAAGUGUUGUAUCGGCAAAGUGUGUUCAUGACUUUUCAUUUUUCACGGCUAACACUCCCUUUCCCUGGUGCUACUAGCGAGCAAGAGCAAAUAUAUCGUGUCAAAAAUCUAGAGUUCUUAUAAUAAUGGACUACUCCGAGAGUUAAAUAUGAUGGGAUGUAUUCCGCAAUUGUAUGGCACGAUUUUUAUGCAGUUAUUGUUUUUUCAGAAAUUUCAGAAUGCGGAAUCUGUUUUAGUUCGAUUCAAGGGAAGCGAUACGCCAUCUGGUGAUGGCGUCAUAACAAUUGGGUUAUUUUGACGAGAUUUCAGAUUUAGUUUCCUCGCUGGUUUUUUUUCUAUAAAAAAAGAGUAAUUAUUUGUUUUCAAAUCUUUAUGCUACAGGGAUUUUAUAAGUAGAGAUAAUUCUGUUAAAGAUACAAAGUACCAAGGUGUUGUACCAGAUUGCAGUGCCGGAACUUGGUGUCGUAUUUUCGAACUAGGUCUCAAAGUUACAUACAGGUAACUGCAUAUAUGCCAUCCUUUUGGUUGGCAUUCGAUUUUUGAAGACCGUGGAAUUUCUAUCAUAUUAGUUCGUGGCAAACUUAUUUACCAUUUUAGACACGAACUAAAAAAUUGUGAUAGAAAUGACGCGGUUUUCGAAAAUAUUGACAAACCGUGGAAUUUCUAUCAUUAAGUUAUUAGUUCGUCGCAAACUUAUUUACAAUUUUAGUCACGGACUAAAAAAUUGUGAUAGAAUUGACGUGGUUGACAUAAAGAUGGGCAAACCGUAAGGACAGCAUAUAUGCAGUUACCUGUAUUCCGCACUCGUGGCCUAGUUCCAAAACGCGAUGCCAAAUGUUUAUGGAAGAGACUUUCCAAAAAAGUUACGACAUUAAAUGUCGUACAAGAAUCUCAUUUCACUUCAGAUUUUAUUUUCUAAAAAUAAAAUGAAAGAAAAAAUCAAGGGUGUCAAUUGUCAUUUGAUUUAAUUCCGGUUUGCACAAUUUUCUAAAAACCGUAGCAUUUCUAUUAACACCUUUUUAGUUCGUGGCUGACAUUCCCAAGCUUGCCAUGAACUAAUAACAUGAUAGAAAGGCUACGCUUUCUAAAUUCGUGUACAGCAUAUAAGCAGUUACCUGUAUGACAAUUAAACUUGCAUUUGGUUACUAAUCAGAAAAUUCACAUAACCUCAAAAAAUGAACAAAUUGUCAUGGAAAAGUCAAAUAAUAAUCGUCACCCCAGAAGCUAAAAAAAUUAAUUAAACCAUGCCAAAUGGCGGGAAAAUUCAAACCAGAAAUUGAAAGUAAACAUUUUUUUUUAAAUCGAAAAAAGUCUACGCGUAAAGAAAAGAUUCCACGUUCUGGGAAUUCUGCUUGUUUAUAUACGACACGUUAAAGUUCGAAAGUUUAAAAUGUCGGAUCCAAAAUAUUGUAAUUGGAUCCAGAUAUCGAAAUACUUGAGCGAUUUUUAUGGAACUCUGCGUGCAGGAGUGUUUUAAAACUGUUAUUAAAGAGAGAGAAAAAAAAAUAAAUAAAUGAAUUCGAAGUGAAAUAAUAUGACAAAAUUUUAAAUGGCAGGUCCAAUGCGGCGAGAGUAUUAAAACUCGAUAGAUUUUUUAUGGGACUUUGUAUUUAGAAAAAUUUUCGUGUUUAUUAAUAACGCGCAAAAUGUUUGUAUAUUAUUGUAGGAACUCUAGCCAAAUAUCGGUGGUAGUCAAUUUCAUCCAAGUAUAAUUCUAUAAAUUUAAUAUAGGAUAUGCUUGAUGAUUGGUCGGCAAAAAUUUCCCGAUUUACAAAAAAACCAAAAAAAAAAAAACAUUUGUUUCUUGUAAUAUUUUGUUGACCAAUCAGGACUUGUGGGGGGAAAAAAUUAUAAAAAGCAAUUCUUAUUGGUUUAGACGAAAAAAAAAUUCUAGAAAGUGUUAAAGAGAAAAAGAUAAAAGAAUUUUGUGAAAUAUGAAAAUGACUUUUCGGUCAAGGAUUUGAUUAUAACUUUCCAGAGACCGAAUCUUAAAACACUGUUUCAGCAUCUCGUUACCGGACCUUUUCUACUUUAGCAUACAUAUAUACGUAUACUUUUUCGCCGAAUCGAAGCGUCUUUUUACCACUUUUUCAUUGACAAAAAAUCACUGUGCCAAAUCUUAAACAAAACAAAAAAAAAAAAAAAUUGUCUUCCAAUAUGACAACUGAAUUGGGGUCAAGAAUGUUCGAUAACACUGCCAAAACUCUGAGCUCAGAAUUCGAAUUUCGAAUAUGUAAUUUAGAAAUCAAAAAAAGAAAAAGUAACCGCGUUAUGAGACAAAUUUUUUGGUGGCAAGUCAAAAUGUUUUUGUGUUUUUCAAAAAAUUCUUGUCACCUAUAGAUGUGAAGCUCUCAUCAAUACGGUUUCUGUGCUCUACUUUUAGAUUUUUAUCGUUUGUACCCCAGGUGGUUCGUCAAAUUUGUUGACAAUCAGUAAAUGAAAAAAAUAAAAAUGAAAAAAAUUUUUCUCUAUAAAAACCUCGCUUUUUUCGCUUCUGCGAGAAUAUUUGUUCUUCCCAUGCGUAUAAUAAUUAUGAUAAAUUUUUUGUCAUACAUUUUGCAUUUUUUAAACGUAUAUAUAUUUUGUAUUUUAUAACAAGUGUUUCGAAUAUAAAAAGAAAAAGGUAAAACUUUCUUGAAAUUGCGCUA